AUGUCUCUGGCAAAGAGCCUCGCCCAAGACAGUCGCCGGACUGACGGCGUUGACGGUAUAGUGAGGCUUGUUCUUCUUGACAAAGGCCCACAAGGCCUUCUCGGCCUCGACCUUGCUGGCUUGGUAGACUAUGUGCCAGUGAUCAGGGGCGUGCGGAGGCGGAGCCCAAGCAGUCUUGACUGCGUGGUCGUUCUAGGCGUCCGGUCCUGCAUGUGCGGUGACCCCGGGACUCAGGUCAACGGCGGCGACAAUAGAGCUAGUGUAGACAAUCGACUUGACGGACGGCUCGCGAGGCGCAGCCUCGAGAAUCGAGACCAUACUGUCGACGACCGGAGGUAUUACAUCCUGGGGACUGUCGGAGAAGGAAAGAAUCGAGGCUAUGUGAGCGACUGCCGAUACUCCUUUGAUCGCCCCGUCAAAGGCAUGUUGGGCGCCGAGGUCCGGGACUUGUACGAGUUCAAGAUCACCUCGGUCAGCAAAGGGACUAAAAACGUCUUGGGUGAGCUAUGUAGCUCUGUUUAG